UGUGCGGCGCUCGAAAGCCAGAGAGAGUAAGAUUUAUGUAUAGACAAGUGACUAGUCGAGACACGCAUUUCUGUCAUGAAAUGAAAAAAAACGUCGUCCGCAGGAGUACCGCGAGUGAAUGAGCGUGAUUACUUCGAUUCAAGAAAAAAACAGUGAAUUAUUUAUUGUUAGUGCUGUGAGAUAGAGAGUCGUGUACCAGCGGAAGACAUGUCGCUGCGCCCGCAAGAGAUCGCGCGCUCCGAGGAGAUGGAGAGCAGCCUCGAGGGUCCGGCCAACUCCUUGACCGACGAGUCGAUCGAUUGCGGCUGCGGACGCUAUCAGCUGCCCAAGCUCGCGAGAUUCGCCACGAGGCGAGUCUUUCUGGCUCUGCUGUGCUGCAUCGGCGUGCUUCAGGCCGCGGCGCAGACCUACUUGCACGUCGUGGCCUCGACGAUCGCCAGGAGAUUCGAGAUCGAUCCAAAUGCCAUGGAAUGGAUCCUAUACACCUCGGAGAUUGCCUUGCUGGUGGCCGGUCUGACGAUAGCCUACUGGGGCGACAGAAUACACAGAGCGGCGUGGCUGGGCGGUACGGUACUGGUGCAGAGCGCCGGCCUCCUCGCCCUCGUUAUUCCACACAUCUCGCACUCGGUGAAGAUCAUCGAGCAGCGCGAAAUCGAGGAUCGAAAUAUCACCCACAUGUCUAUUUACGCUGAGGAACAUCCGGAUCUCUGCAUAGAGUCGCUGUCGCGAAUAAUGAUGCCUCAAACCCUGCCGCAGGUAUCGGCCAUGGUUAUUCUGAUCAUCGUUCAAAUGAUCACGGCUGCCGCCAACGUCGCUUACUGCGCCCUCGGACUGUCGUACCUCGAUGACAACAGCAAAACCGAGCAGGCGCCGGUCUACUUGGCCAUCGUCGUGGCCGUGAAAGCCCUGGGAAGUGUUCUGGGAUACAUGAUGGGAUGGGGAUUUUUAAGAAUUGACGCGGACAACCUCAGCUCCAUCCAGUCCUACAGAGAUCAGCUCGGAGCCUGGUGGCUGGGCUGGCCCAUCUUCGCUGUUCUCCUCGUCGCCCCGGGCAUAUUCAUGUCGAUAUUCUCGAGAAAACUGCCAUCGAAGCUGGUCGAGGAGACGGCCGCGGAGAUACUCGAUCAAUCCGGCACCCUGCGAGGCUCGCAGAGGUUCACCGUGAAAAAAGUCGGCAGCAUCGAGUUCUUCCCGUCUAUGUUCCGACUGAUAAGCAACAAGAUUCUGAUCUUCAACAUUGUCUCCGCGGCCUUCUUCUUCGCGGCUCUGGCCAAUUUUCUGUCCAAAGAAAAUGUCUUUCUCGAGACCAAGUUCUACGCUCCUCGGCCCAAUGGAAUAUUGAUGGGCUUCGGAGAUCCGAUUGUAUCCCGAGUAAUCAUGGCAAUCAUGAAACCUGUACUUAUCGGAUUAGCGAUCGUCAUAUCCGGUUUAGUCAUAGCGCGGUCCAAGCCUCAAGCCAAGUGGUUGGUUUGCUACACUAUGGCAGUCAUCGCUGUCGCAGCGGUAAUCGUAUUCGGCUUUGCUUUCAGUGGAUGCACAAAAGUCGAAAUAGUCAGUGAUCCCAACGUCAAAGUCUUCGAUCCUCUCAUAUUUUGCAAUAGAAAUUGUCACUGCUCCAAGGAUGCGGAUUUCCGACCGGUUUGCGACAGCACCGGCAAGUACAUGUACUACAGUCCCUGUCACGCCGGCUGUUCCUCCAUGAGAAACGAUCUCAAUACCAGAGUCUACUCGAACUGUUCUUGCGCCUACGAGAUGACUACGAUAGUACAGGAUCAAGAAACGAUCAUCGAUUUGAGCACCUUCGAAGUCAGCGAAGGCGCCUGCCAGUUGGGUAGCUGUCAAGUCGGCUGGAUACUCUACGAGAUUUUCAUGGCGCUGGUUUACACCGCGGCAGGAUCCACGAUAAUCGGAGAUCUGUUGAUCAAUUUGAGGACGGUCAAUGCUCAGGACAAGGCAUUGACCAUCGGCUACGCGAUGGCGUUGAUCAGUUUCUUCGCGUUCGUUCCGAUCAAAAUUCUGUACGACGAAUUGACGAACCUCACGUGCGUACACUGGGGACACGACCAACGCGUUUGCCAUCUUCAUGACUCAACUACGUUGGGUUAUUACCUGUGCUUCCUCACCUCCGGUCUGCUUGUCAUCGGCAAUUUAUUCAAAAUUGGAACUUGGGCUUUCUUGGAAAACUUGGAAUUGUACGAGGAUGAAAUCGACGAACCCACGGCCACGGAGAUGCAGGUUUUCAGUAGCCCUCAAGAGGAGCCGCUACUUGAAGCAGAUCAAGCUCCCGAAGAGCCGGAACAAUCCAAUGACAAUGAUAAUCCAAGUGGCAAUGCUGAUGUUCCGGAUAACAGCUUCAAACCUGUAUCCAUUCUGAAGAAGCCCGACUCGAGUAAAGGAAACGGUCCGAUCGUGGAAUUCCAGGAUAUACCUCAAUCCAGUUACUCUCAAGUCCAGAUUCGCGAAGAGCCCGUCGCAGCACAAGACGCGGCGUCGGAAAGCACGAAUUUCCUCAGCGACGUUGAGCAAGACGCGGAAAGUUCCGACGACAGUCCCGUCAUGAGCAAGGCUCCAGGCCCGCAAGUUCCUUACAGGCCUCUGGAUCUGGAUUCUGAUGCCGAUAGUAACUGCAACGACGAAAGCGCGAAAAAAUUCGUGCCCGUCGAAGAUGGUCACUACUACACCAAUAUGCGCUUCCCCGAUCCGAGCGACUACGAGGUCCCGAAAAAAUUCAAGCCUCGCUCGUCCGUCGGCAAUUUCAACGAAGUCGGCAUUCCGGUCGUGGAGUCGUACGAACCUCAGGAAUCGUCGGCUUGCGUCAAGUCUCCGACAAUCAUGGAGGCUCACAUCAAGCAUCUGCAGCGAAAUCCAAGUCAGGAACUGUUGGACGAAGCUCGAUCGAUCUACAAGUCCUCGUUGAAGGUCGAUAUCUCCGAGUCGGAGGACAUUCCCGAGAAUCAUUUCCGACCGAUCGAGGUCCCUCCGAGCUCGCUGCUGCGGCCACAGUCGAGAGAUCAGGCCUCGUCGGGUUUCGGAAGCUUGCAAGACAUAAGGGACAAGGCUAAAUCGCCAGUCGUCGCCCCCGCGCUAUCGCAGGAGAGCUUCUGCUCCAUUCCUCCAGUGACGAACAAUGAGCUGUCUUUCGGAAGUCCAUUGUGUACAGAUUUGUAAAUACAUAAUCAUGAGGAUAG